AUGCUUUUAAUUCGUUGCCAUCAGAGGAUUCACCCGUUAGAAUUAUUCAAUCAGUCUGCUAGACUUUUAUCUGCUACCCGGUCUCAUCAAUGUAAAGCUUCAACGUCAAAGCAAAGCGCUGUCAUGGGGACCAGGUCAGAUUUGAAGGUCUCUGAUGUCGAGUCGAAGGUAGGGGAGAAGAAAAAGCGGCGACUUUUUGGUCCUAGAGACGUUCCGAUAAACAUCAACUUCCCAAAUGAGAAAGGUAUACCAGAUGAUCUAUAUGAUACGGACAUUCCAGUUGAAGAAAUUUUAAAGGACGCUCCACGAUUACUGAAAAAGCAGGCUGAGCUGCUCAAAGAAGAGCUGUCUUCGACUGAAAUUACAUUCGAAAAGAAGGAACUAGUCGAAGACAUGGUUGGUGUGCGGCACAAUGAAGCACGAGUCGAGUGGAGAUUUGACACCCCAGAAGCAUUGUCGAAGUGGAAUACGGGAUGCGAUUCUGAUUGGAAGGAAGGAUACUCAACAGUUCAGUUCGUCCCUACUGACAACAAUACCGCACUUUUCAAAGGCAAGAUUUGCACAGAAAUUGUGAAAGACGGGCGAGUCGAGCGAGCUGGUUGGGCAAGCAUAAAGUUGGAGGAUCGUAAAUUUCUCAAUAGGAAAAAAUUUCUUUGGAAGUGGAGAAACUUUAGUCAUCUUCUUAUAAAGUGCCGAGGUGAUGGACGAAGUUACAAGAUUAUGCUGCACGCACCUCAAACAAUCGAUAUGACCUGGGGAGACUCGUACUCUUAUCCUCUACAUACUCGUGGUGGUCCCUACUGGCAGUAUGAAAAAAUUCCGUUCUCAAAAUUCUUUCUUACUGUGGCGGGACGUAUUCAAGACAAGCAAAAUAGGGUUUUCCUAGAAGAAGUCAGCUCUCUUGGAAUCGUGUUGAUGGAUCGCAUAGACGGCGAAUUUCAAUUGGAAUUGGACUAUAUCGGGCGUUUACAACGACCAAACGCACUUUGA